UGCAGAAGAACAGCCCUGGACCGCAGCAGGGACGGUUAGCGUGCUCAGUUUAAACUGCCGGAAAUCUGGAGACAUUCUAUCCGUAAUUCCUGCCUCUCAUUCACAGAACAGGCAGGUUAAUCUGACGCGAGGAAAACAUAACGCCGGAGUUUUGGGAUAAACGGCUGAAAGAUGGCAGAGAACACAGAACAACACGAGGCCAAACACGACGGCUCGGCAUCUAGUGGGAUGACAGACCAGGAGAAGGAACUGGCCACCAGCGCGUAUGAAGCUUUUCUGGCUGAGAAGUACGAGGAGUCUCUGAAACACCUGGAAACUCUCCAGGAGCACAACAAAGACGACUACAAGAUCGCCAUGAACAAAGCUGUGGUGGAGUUCUACAAAAGCAGCCAGACCACCACGGGGGUGCUGAAGCAGACCCUGACGGCCAUGAAGAACCGGGUACCUGCACGUCUCCGGCGACGGUCGGGCGUGGAGGCAGCUCCGUCCCUGACGGCCGCUCUGUCUCUGUUUCAGCUGCACUCGUCCUCCGAGGACGCCGACGGUCUGGACGACGUGGAGAACAGCCUGCUGUACUACAACCAAGCCAUCAUCAACUACUACACCCGCCAGUACUCGGAGGCUAUCUCCAUCGGAGAGAAGCUCUACCAGUUCCUGGAACCCUUCGAGGAGAAGUUCGCCCAGGCUGUGUGUUUCCUCCUGGUGGAUCUCUACCUGGUCACCUUCCAGCCUGAGAAGACCUUCCACCUGCUGGCCGUCCUGGACAAACUCUCUGCUCAAGGAAGCAGCAAGAAUGGCAAAACCGAGGGCAGCAGUUCUGGCAAAGAUGGAUCCAACCAGAGGGCAGAGUUGGCAGCCAUGAUUGAAGCAGCCAAGUCCAAGAUGCACCAGUAUAAGGUGAGAGGAUACAUCCAGAUGAAAUCCUCCAAGGCCUGCAAACGAGAGAUCAAGUCAGUGAUGAACACAGCUGGCAACUCUGCGCCGUCGCUCUUCCUCAAGAGUAACUUUGAGUAUCUGAGAGGAAACUACCGGAAAGCAGUGAAGCUGCUGAACAGCUGCAACAUCUCUGAUCACCCGGGCCCCUUGAAGACGGGGGAAUGUGUUCGCUGCAUGUUCUGGAACAAUCUGGGCUGCAUCCACUUCGCCAUGGGGAAACACAACCUGGGUCUGUUCUACUUCAAGAAGGCCCUGCAGGAGAACGACCACACGUGUGCUCAGCUGGGCAACAGCAGCAACGGACAGUCUAAGAGCUUCUCCGGCAUCCCCAUGUGCGCGCUGCUGGCCAACAAGCGCUACGAGCUGCUAUACAACUGUGGGAUCCAGCUGCUGCACGUGGGCCGGCCCCUGGCGGCCUUCGAGUGUCUGAUGGAGGCGGUGCAGGUCUACCACUCCAACCCGCGGCUCUGGCUCCGGCUGGCAGAGUGCUGCAUCGCCGCCAACAAAGGCGGCUCAGAGCAGGAGAACAAGGGCUUACCCUGCAAGAAAGGGAUUGUUCAGUCGGUCAUCGGGCAGGGCUACCAUCGGAAGAUCGUCCUGGCGUCCCAGGCUGCUCAGAACACCAUCUACAGCGAGGGCCAGUCGGCCGCCAUCCCCGUAGCCAGUAUGGAGUUUGCAGCCAUCUGUCUGAGGAACGCUCUGCUGCUGCUGCCCGAACACCAGCAGCAGGACGCCAAGACGGACACCAGCUCCAAGAGCUGCAGCCAAUCAGCCAACACGGAGAGUGGCAGCGAGAACAGUGACAACUGCAGUGGGAAAGGUCAGGAAGCAGACAAGUUCCUCUCUGCAGCUCCUUCAUCUCCCCUCAGGAAGCAGGAGGUGGAAAAUCUCAGGUGCUCCAUCCUGGCCUGCAGCGCCUACGUGGCGCUGGCGCUGGGAGACAACCUGAUGGCUCUGAACCACGCCGAGCAGCUGCUGCAUCAGACCAAACUCUCCGGAUCUCUCAAGUUCUUGGGUCAUCUCUACGCAGCGGAAGCCCUCAUCUCACUGGACAGGAUUUCUGAUGCCAUCGCUCACCUGAACCCGGAGAACGUCAGCGACGUGUCUGUGGGAGUCCAGAGCAGCGACCAGGACCAGGGUCCUGAUAAAGGAGACGAGCCCGUGGAGCCCUCAGGGAAGAAGACCCCCCAGUGUUACCCCAGCAGUGUGACAGCAGCCCGGGCCAUGAUGCUCUUCAACCUGGGCAGCGCCUACUGCUUAAGGAGCGAGUACGACAAGGCUCGCAAGUGUCUGCAGCAGGCUGCGUCGAUGGUGAACACCAAAGAGAUCCCACCUGAGGCCAUCCUCCUGGGGGUCUACCUGGAGCUGCAGAACGGAAACACCCAGCUGGCGCUGCAGAUCAUCAAGCGGAACCAGCUGCUGUCCCCGGCAGUCCAACAGGUGUCCCCAGACUCCCGGAAGAAACCCCCCCAGUCCUUCCAGCCCGUCCAGCCCGUCCAGCUGCCCCCGCCCUUCACACAAGCCCAACGGAAGUGAGGCUCCACCAGACCGCUAUGAACUGCCCCCCCCUCUGGAGUCCUCCGCCACCAGCUGAUGGACAUUUCACUUCACUCUCUUGAGUUGGUUUCCUGAAGAGUGAAAAUAAAUUGUAUCUAAUGUCGUGUGGAUCUGUGGCUGCUGUGAUGUUAGAACCCGUUGAAGG